AAUAAAACGGACAGUAGCGGGACAGUGAACUACAAUCUUCAUAUCCUGGUUACAGGAGACGUUCACAGACUUCAGUUUGCAGACAAUACGAAGAAACGGAAGAUAAACCAUUUAGCGGUAUUACAGUGAACAGUUGGGAAUAAGAGGGCAGUGUCAUUAUGGGAGACAGCAUUUGCAAUGGGACGCACAACAAGAAGGCGUUGCUGUCGGAUCCUCAGCUGUUUGAAACCCAGUUUGAGGAGCUGGUGACGGAGCUUGUAGAGAGGGACUUCACCGAUCCUGCGCUGGCGGAUGCUCUGAGCAGGUUGAGAGAGGUUUUAGUGUACAAUUCUCCUGGAGGAAAGAGGAACCGUGGUCUGUCUGUGAUUGGCUCACUGAGGGAGCUUCUCCCACCCAAUCAGCUCACACAGGACGUAGUGCAGCGGGCUCUGUUGAUUGGCUGGUGCAUUGAAUUGCUUCAGGCAUUCUUCCUGGUGGCAGAUGAUAUCAUGGAUGCAUCUGUGACUCGGAGAGGACAGCCCUGCUGGUACAAGAAGGAUGGAAUUGGUCUGGAUGCCAUCAAUGACUCAUUUCUUUUAGAAGGGUCAAUCUACAGACUACUUCGCAGACAUUGCCGGGAUCAGCCUUACUACGUCCACCUACUUGAGCUAUUUACUGAGAUAUCUUUCCAGACAGAACUCGGCCAAGCUCUGGACCUCAUGACUGCUCCCCCUGGUCAGAUUGACCUCAACAGAUUCACCAUGGAGAGGUAUAAAGCUAUUGUGAAAUACAAGACCGCCUUUUACUCUUUUUACCUCCCAGUUGCAGCUGCAAUGUACAUGGCAGGAGUUAAGAGUGAAGAGGAACACAAUAAUGCCAAACACAUCUUACUUGAGAUGGGAGAGUUCUUUCAAAUACAGGAUGACUACUUAGACUGUUACGGAGACCCUGCUGUGACAGGAAAGAUUGGUACAGACAUCCAGGAUAACAAAUGCAGCUGGCUGGUGGUGAAGGCCCUGGAAAUCAUGACUCCCGAACAAAGAGCAGAGCUGGAGGCAUGUUACGGGCGCCACGAUGAUACCAGUGUAGAAAAGGUCAAAGCGCUGUACAACACCUUGCAAAUGCCAGCACUGUACCACGGAUAUGAAGACGAGAGCUACCAGCGGCUACAGAAACUCAUCGCUUGUCACGCUCAAAAUCUUCCUCACUCAGUCUUCCUCAACUUUGCCAAGAAAAUCUACAAGAGGAACAAGUGAGAGGGAACGGUGAUGAAGAGGGUCAGGUGCAUCAGCCCGGUUCACUUUUGACUUUUAUCACAACACACAGAUGAACUCAUCUCUCUUUUAAAGAGGGUGUUUUUUCAGGGACAAGGCUCUGACUACAAACAGCAUGACCCGAACACCGCUGUGAUAUUUAGAAAUCCUGCAGGCAGUUUCUUAACUUUGCAAUGAUUUGUAGAUAUUUGUGAAUGUUAUCAAAUGGCCUGUCUCUUUUGUUCAAUGUUUAGUUAUUGAACCCAGUGCAUGACGUGCAGUGUCUCCACUCAUGUCCGCUGAAGAAUAUGAUGUCUCUAAGAGUGACACUGAAAUUAAUCGCACAAGGUCUACCUGUCAUAUUUGUCUGCCCUGAAGAACACAUGGCACUGGAGAUAGAAAUGAAAUCAUUUAUUUUGUAGGACUGGAUGUAUGAAUUGAUUAUGGACUUAAAGGGACAGUACAUAUAUGAUAGUAGACGUACCCUGACAGAGAACAAAGGGUCAAACUUGAUCAGUUUUCUCAUUCCAUUUAUUUUUAUAUUGCUGCUAUAAAGUCUGUACUGGCCAGAAUGUUGUUGCUUUUAAUAAAUAAUUUAUGAGCAGUA